GUAUACUAAUUUCUGACAUACUUAACAUUUACAAACGAAUAAACGCAUUUUUUUCCCACGAUUAUCCUAACCUAUCCAAAAUAUUCUAUUCUAACGAAUUUCUUUCGAUCAAGCAUAAAUCUCAAAUCUCAAAAAAACAUGCACAAAAGAUCCAUCUCCCAUUCCAUCCAUCGUUUUGCAAUUUCUCCUCCGCUCAUGAAAUCAGAAAUAAAAACAGAAAACAUUCCCUAUUCCUCGCAACAUCUUCCGGAAUCCGCAAUCGAAUUUAUCGAACCGUGUCGCGUGGUGGAUCAUCCUCCCCUCGUCUUCCUUCCAUCGCAGCAACGAGGAGGAAGGAUCUUGGGGCAACUUGCGGCCGAUCACCGUGAUGAAAUUCAUCAUCGGCGAUCCAACUGUGGCCCCGUGUGGAACAGGAGAGCGUACCCCGGCCAACAACGUUUUACUAAAAGACUGCUCUCCGAGUUUCACCGACUUACUUAGGACCGUGUACGGAGAAAACCGGCGUCAGUACGCGGGAACGAUUUGCCGAGCGUGGAGAGGAGCGUGCCGUUUCGAAAGUAACGAUAGAGAGGCCGGUUCGCAAGGAUUCAGGCAUCGUGAUUCGAAAAAAGAAGAAAAAAAAAAAAAAAGGAGAAGAAAAAGAAGAUGGUAGGAUCGCGACCGUUAUCCGAGGUGAUAAUAAAGUGAAAUCGGAACUAAACGAAUUGAACGAUCAACGAGGAAUUUAUCAUUUAAUGUGAUCUACUUAAAAAUAAUUAAAAAUAAGAGUAUCGAUCAAUAUUGUGGCAAAAAUACAAAAUAUUUGCAACCAGAGAAAGAAAGUUCGCGAUAUAAUCGUGAUAAAUUGUCGAGCUGUUUGAUCAAUUUUCUGGUUAACAAUAUUUACACAUACAUAUGCGUAUAUAUAUAUAUGUAUAUAUUUUUUAACUAGAAUAGAAAGUUUUCGCGGUGAACCGAACUGUCUGGCCAAUUUUGUGAUCGAGGAGGGGAAGGAAAAUUGAGAUAGGUGAGAAAAUAAUAGGAUAAGAAUCGGAGAAGAAAGGAGGGAGGGGAGGACGAACAAAAGCGAAUAAACCGGAAACCGUGUGAACCGGUAAUUAAGAACCGCAAGGGAGGACGAUAAAGCGGUUCUGCAUGAAUCCUGAGGAUAUAUUCGGUCUGUGCAACAGGAAGAACGCGAUUUUCGUUAUCCUGUGCGCGGCGGUGAUCUUUGUGCACUUGUACGCGAAGGAGGUGGACGUGGACACGGAAGAGGCGAGGGUCCACGGAAACGUGGACGAGUUGAAGGAGAAUUGGUGCUUCGACGACGAGGAAUUGUCCGCGUUUCGAUCACACUGCAACGAUGUUGAGAACAUUCUAUCUGCUCUUGUUGAUGCUUUUCACGUUCGAUUUCCCUCGCGGUAGGACAGUAGAUGCGGAGACGAGCGUUCGAGCGAGUACGGGAAUUAACAGAGACGACAAUCAGAGUAAUCGGAGGGAAACUCGAGGUCGACCGGAAAUCAGAGAUGAGAACUCGGGUGAGCUAGUCGGCAAAUGGCGGAACAAUGGCGAGGCCUUGGAACCUAAAUGGCGGGAUGGCGAUACUGUCCCUCUGCUUCCGUUUUCUCAAUUUUCCCGAUUCUCCAGGGAUAAAAUCGACAACGAGGAGGAAGAGGAUUACGAUCAUCGUGGAACAAAAUAUCGUCAAAACAACGGACGAGAAAAUUUUCUUCGUGCGAGAAACAAUCAUCGAGCACCUUAUAACGAUCAUGAGAAUUACGAAUCUAUAGAGAACAGACAUGGAUAUCGCGAACGAGAAGAAAUAUUGCCACGAAAAAGAAAUCGAUCCUGGCCUAUCGAAAAUACAGCUACUUUUAAAGAGACGAGUAAUAGAAAGAAAGAUCAAAAUAGAGAUCUCAACGAGGACAAAGAAACGACGUCAAUGAAAUAUCGAGAGAUAUUUCAAGUACGUCCGAAUGAUUACGAACACGAAUUCAACGACGAGGAGUAUUUAAAACCUCGACCGAGAAAAAGAAGACCUCCACAAAAUUACGAAUUUGCUUUGGUGGAAAACGAGACGUCGUUGAAUGAGAAAAGGAUGAGCAAUAAUCCUGGAGUUUGGGCUCGAGGUCAAGAAAAUCCGCCAGAAACGACGUCAAAAAAUGAUCAAUUUUUACAGAACGCCAUGGAGCUAAAAUCAUUAUUGAAGAUGCAACAGGAAGAGGGUUUGAGUUUGUCAGAGAUCUUACAGCGCAGAAAUUUGACUCUAAACGAUCUAUUGAAAGGCAAGAUUGAUGUGAUCAAUGCUUUGAAGAUGAGAGAUGUCGAGGAAUCCGAGGAUUACGUUGAAGAGGCGGCGAAGAUGAUGACCAACUCGUUCGCGAAACUCUCCACAACAACGAAGAAACCAGAAUGGAUGCACAAUAUAGAAUCUAUAAAAGAGAAGAAUUCUCAGAAUGACGAGGAAUUCGUGAUUUCGAUCAUUCCAUCGAACAGUAGCUUGCGUAAGAACCAGGCGAAGGGAUCCUCGUUGACUAGAAUAAAUAGCGGUGAAAUGUAUUCAGAAGUUGGGAACGCAACGAGUGGAAAAUUGAUUCCCGCCAGUGUCGAUCCUCCACGAGUCAAAGUUGCUAUUACGACACCGAUGCCGUUACCGGUUGCAACGAAUUCUAUGGAGCUAUUGCAAGCCGACGAUGCCACUGUGAAAUCACGCAACAAUGAUGAAAUCGGAGCCGAGAGUUUAGACGAGGACGAAAUCAUGGAAUUUUCCGAUUUCACCGAUUACAAGAAGGGAAGAAAUGGUGUGUCUCCAGUUUGGUUGAUGAUGAAAGACGGAGAUACAAACAAAUCUUCCAAAGUAGAAAGUACGAAAAAUCAUUUUGAGGACAGAGGAUCGACCUUGAGUAUUGAAAAAAUAUUAAGUCCCACGGAACGUUCAAAAUCAAUCAGUAAUUUAUCGAUUAAUUCUGGGAAUGAAGAACAAUUUCUUGUUAAUUCCACUAAUGUUAACGGAAGUGGGAUAAUUAGGAACGAAGAUCAUCGAGUUAUAGAGCAUUCUGAAGAUGAUUAUGGUACUUCUUCUGAAAAAGAAUAUCAGAGUGAUAUGCCGAUGAUGUAUUAUGAUUUGGAACAAAGCACAGAGGUCAAUAAUUCCAACGAUCAGAGAGAUAUGAGUAAAAUUAUAAUACAGGAAAUAGAAUCUGCGCUAGAUGCAAUGUCUCAUAAUGUUAAUUCUACUAUAGAAAAUUAUCAAAAACUUACAAAAAAUCCAUCUAUAGAUAAAAAUAAUAAUAAUACACUGAGAAAUCAUCAGAAUACGAACACAACCGAGAAAAAGAGCUAUGAUGAUAUUAUAUCAGAAGUGGAGCCUGAAGCUCGAGCAGAGAUUUUUGAAUUAUUUGCUUCUGGGUCAGCAGGUAAGAGAUUAGAACGUCUUCUUAAAUCGAGGAAUAUGAGCUUAGAGGAAUUAAUCGCAUUGAGACAAAGAGGUUCUAGUAAGGUUCACUUAGCUGAAGUAUCGCGACUCAGAGCUUACAAAUCAAAUGAUGAAUACAGAAUGAAGAAUAUAAAUGUCUUCAAAGAAAUCAAAUCUUCGUCUAAUGAGGAUUUUGACAUAGAAAAAGUUAUAAAUCAUAACAAGAGAAUUGAUAAUAUGUCACAAUCGAGUGAAAAUCUAAAAAGCGUUGAUUCAUUACUAAAUUUAACGAAUUCUAUUCGUCCUGAAGAAAAUAUAACUGACCAAUUGAUGUCUGAUUUAAAAUCAAAUAAUCACAAUAAAAAUACAGAAUUUAACAAUUCUUCAAAAACAAGAAAUGAAGAUAAUAAUAGCAAAGAAGAUAUUAAAGAUAAACAUACAGUACAAAUUGUUGAUCUAUUGACAACUUUUGGUUCUCUUCCGUUCAUUAAAGAUAUACAACGAGAGUUUUCAGAUCAAUACGGUAACCGAGAAGAUAAAAAUAAAUUGCUAUUACAGAGUAACAAUCUUGGCGUGAUGUUCAUAAACAAUGAAAAAACAAUACAUAUCAAUGAUACAUCAAAUAUUGUAGAAUCUGGUUUUGUUAAAGAAAUUGUUAAACAAGAACCAAGUUCUAUUAACAUUCAAACUGUAUAUAGCGAAACUGACAAUAUUUUCGAUGAAAAUGAAAGUAAAAGUGAGAAGACUCUUUCAAGAGUGAAACCAACUAUAAUAGCAAGUGGCGCUAUUCUUGGUGUGACUCUCGUAGUUUUCUUAGCGAUAUUCAUUAUAUGCAGAAUUCGACAAAAACAAAAAUAUAGAUAUAAAAACACAUUUUCUAGAGCGGUAUUUCAAGGUCCAGUAAUGGCAGCUAGGAAACUAUCAAAUUCGAGUAGUCUAAGUACUGUAAUGGUCAAUGUAGUUGCCACAUCAACGACAAAAAGGCCAGAAAAAACCGAAAUCCAGGAACCUGCGAAAGAAAUGGAUUCCAAAAGUGACAUUGAUAAUGAUUCAUUAGAUGCUAAUGAUAGCUGGGAAACAAUACCUGAUUAUAUGAAAUAAAUCAAUUUUAAUGUAUUUGUAAUUUAUCUUCAAAAAAGAAAAGGAAAAAUUAAAAAACAGUAUUUUUACGCUUAUAUUAAUUUAAAACAUACACAUAUUAAAAAUUUCAGACUUAGAAAUCAUAUUAAUUUAAGGAAGUAAAAUACUAUUAAAGAUUAAUCAGUAGUUGUUAAAUAUAAUUUUUUUGUUAAAAUAACGAAUUUGCAUAUUAGUUUUGCAAAUAUGAACAAUUGUACAUAUAAUUGUAUAGAACUUCUAAUAGAUUAUUUCGCGACAACUAAUAAAAUUUAAUAUAAGUUUUAUUGUAAGUUCAUGUAACUUAAUAUCAUAUAAGAAUAUCAAGAUUUAUUUUAGUAUUCUUUUAACAUCACAGAAUAUAAUAAAUUUUUCUAGCAUUACAUAUUCUUUAAAUUUAUGAAUUAGAAUAAGAUAUAUUUAUUUAUAUAUAAAUAAUUCACAAAAAAAAUAAAUUACUUUUUAUAUAAAAAAA